AUGCCUUCAUUAUUCGUUAUCACUUCACCAUUCGUAAGUGUAAAAACUUCGUUAUUUAUGGUAAUCACUUCGUUGUUCGUUUUAGCCAAUUCAUGUGGAAUUGGUACGCAUCAAAGUACGUUGAGCGGAGGAUGUGCCACCUGUCCUGACAGUGCUGCAGGAUGCGACACAUUUCAACCACUGUAUAUGAAAGAUUAUUACAGCUGUAUGAAUUGUACAGGUAAGUAUAUGUAUAUAUGUAAAUAACCCAUAAUUAACGACAUUAAAAAGACACAAAACUAAGCGCAAUAUAAACAAAUUGCAUUGAACUAUUCAUAUAUUCAACUGUCUAGACGCGUAAGUUAGAUCAAAAGUACAGUGUUUGCGCGACGUGCCGCUAUUUAAGUCGCCUGAUGGAGCGUAAAAAGUAUUAUCAAAACGUUACGCCGGGGUCUGUAAGAAAGAUUUAAGAACUCUAUUGUGCAACUGAAAAAUUUAUUGAUCUUUUCAGACUUGUCAUGUCGAUGAAAUCUUUUGCGCAACAUAUAACGUGUAGGGGGAAUGGACCUUUAACUAAUUACAUCAUCCUCGUUCCCAGGGCUUCACGGCGGCCACGCAGGCAGUUCCGAAAUUCGAAGGAAUUUCCCCUUUUAAUAAAAUAUAAAACAAAGGUCCGAAAAUAAAAUUUAUUAUUAUUAUUAAAAUUUAUUUUCGGAGUUACCGUUGUUUUACGUUUUAUUAAAAUAGUCAGUGGUUCCCGUAAUUUCCCAUUUUAUUCAUUAUUUACCUGAUUGUCAUUUCGAUCUGGAUUCAUUUACAACUGCUACCCAGACAGACAAGACGGUCAUGGGCGAUUGUAACAAAGGCACAUAUGAGGGUGUAGAUGGAUGUAAUGAUUGUCCCAGUAGCCCCAAAGGUUGCGAUACUCACAAUCCUUUGAAUAUGAAGGCUUUUAGAAGUUGUAUGCGAUGCUGUAAGUAGCAACAAUAUAUAACUUAGCAAGUAACAAAGUCAAAGUAGAAUGUAAUGUAAAUGGUUGUUGUCCCCAAUUUGGUUUUCUCAACGGGGAAAAGCUGGGAUUUAUCCAGAACCUUUCUAGACUUUACAUUUAUCAAUAUAAUACAUUUCUCGUAGCAUUGUCUUUUAUAAUUAAUUCUCAUGACGAAGGGUCAUAUGGUGAUUAUAAUCUAUUUUUGGGGGAGAUUACGGGAAUCUGAUGACAUGGCACUCACUUUGCGAUUUUAGAUGGCCAAGUUCUAACAAAAACUAUAAUACACGAGUUACAGGGAUCUCAAAAAUCAAAGGACGCAAACUCAUUAAUAAUUCAUUAAAAAGGAACAAAGGAAGCCAACAAUACAGAAGCCCAGCGGUGACAGCAUAAAACUACUUUUGUGUUUCACAUUUUUGUGUUUUAUAUUUUGUAUUUUUGUGUUUUAUAUUUUGUAUUUUUGUGUUUUAUAUUUUGUAUUUUUGUGUGUUAUACUUUGUAUUUUUGUGUAAUGUUCUGGACGUGGAAUUAUAGGCAUUUAGUAAUACAAAUUGUGAUAUUUACCAACAUUGCAAUAAUGCACAAUGUCAAACACGAUUACAAGCAACCUCGUACCCAGGGCUAGUCGCGAAUUGAAGCGCCUUCAAUUCGCGACUAGUCCUGGGUACGAGGUUGGAUUACAAGCUACAGACACAUCAGUUAUAUACUACUUUACUGCGCGAAAUGCGUGUUACAUUUACUGAACGCUUUUUCAUGGGCUUCAUCUCUCACGGCACAAGUUCGGCAACUGAUUUAGACGCCGCUCUUCUGUCGUACUUACAGUGAAAAUACAAAAAGUGUCCCACUUCCGCUUCUGUAGUUUGUUGUGAUUUACUGUAAUUUGUUCUGUUUUUCUGUAGCGAUUACCGAUUUAUCGGCAAAUACUGCGAUAAAAUUUAAAUUUCGUACCUUUUAUGCAAUGAAACUAACGAAAAAUGUAUUAUUUCCCUUUGCUACAAAUUAUCAUAUUUAAAAAGUAGAGAAAACUAAGUUUUAUCGCGGUAUUUGCCGAUAAAUCGGUAAUCGCUACAGAAAAACAGAACAAAUUACAGUAAAUCACAACAAACUACAGAAGCGGAAGUGGGACACUUUUUGUAUUUUCACUGUAAUCGUCGUAUUAGGUUCGGCGCAUGAGAAAUAGUUCGCUGUCUAAAUUACCGAGCUUUACCGCCCAUCUUACUGCGUACUGACUGUAUAAGCUGGGGCUUGAUAUUACUAUGGUUGCUAGCGAAUAUCUAGCCUGCGCGGCAUACGCUCGUAUCUGCUCCAGUGACAAUAUUCACUGCGUAAUUACCUUACAAGUGAAAAUAUAAAAGUGAAAAUAUAAAAGUGAAAAUAUAAAAGUAAAAAUAUAAAAGUAAAAGUUGGAGAUGAGCCUCUAAGCAGGAAAACCACCUGAGGCUAUGGUAUGUGAUUCAGCACCUGACUCUUCCACAGUCUCUCGCCACAAACCUAAUCCAUUCCCAUCAUCCAACGCGAGCGACUGGGAACGAGCCCGAUUCAGCACUUCAUUGACUGACUGCACAGAUAGACACAAUCUCGUUCCCCGAGCCUGCGAUCCUCGGGAAGGAACGCGAGGCUCUGGGAUAAUCCGUUGCCGGAAGCCAGGAAUUCUGGCUAAGAUUGAACUACGCAUUCCAUUUCAACGGCCAAUCAGAUUCCUCUCUGAAACGGAUUAUCCCAGAGCCUCGCGUUCAUUCCCGAGGAUCGCAGGCUUGGGGAACGAGAUUGAGAUAGACACGAAUCGUCGGCUGUUGACAUGGCCGGAAUUCCACUGCGUAUCACAGUAAAGUAUCCAGUAGCCAGCCUUCGACUAUAUAUUAUAAUAUCUACUACACUGUAUAUGUCAAUGUCACACAGUAAUCAGUGUAACAAGCAGUUUGAAAAAUCGUAUAUAUGUGUGACGUCAACUUGGGCAAUGUAAGUUGGACAGUGUAAAUAUUGGGUAUAUUCUAUUAUAUGUAUUUGAAGGGCUUAUAGGGAAAGUUAUAAUUUCGCUAUUAUUAAUGUGUAAGCACUCACAUGAAUGGACUUUGGCUUACAUAUGUAUUGAAUGCUGAUAAAAAAAUCCAUUGCUAAAAAUUCGAACGGGUGAAAACAUAUUCAUUUCACAGAUCUAUAAAGCUGGUAUACUUUAAUUUAGGGUAUUAUAAUUAGUUGCGGUAAUAAUCAUGUGUUUAUAAAAUGCUCCGUCAUCCGCGGUCCGCCUUUUAUCUAUACACCCUCGCGUCCGGUAUGUCAGGAUCUGAAGUCUCAAAAAAACGCGCAAAUUUAAAGCAGAGCGAAAAUGAGUACAACGCGAAUUUUAAUACAAGUAAAGGAUCUAUAAAGCAUUGUUAUAAAGUAUCAAUUAAUUAGACGUUACUAAGGGGGAAGUGCUGCCGUAAAUGCCAUAAAAAAGCAAGGGUGGGUAGUAGCGAAGUAGUUGUAGUUCGCUACUGUAGCGAACUACAAUUUUCAAGUAGCCAGUAUAGUUUUUGACUACUUUUUUAAAACAGUAGCUGUAGUUAUAGCGAACUACAUUUUGCCUAAAAGUAGCAAAGUAGUUGACUACUUUUCAAACAGCGAAUCGCUAUUCGCUACUUUUUAAAAUUGUUAGCUACUUGAUAGAAUAACAUGAUAUUGAAACACGGUUUGCUUAAAAUCAAUACUCAAUAGACAAUGUGCACUCUUGAACACUGUAGUGCUUACAAAAAUGUUGCUUUGUGUUUACUGUUGCUACUCGUAAGUCGAUUUGUUAUAGGUUAAAUUUCAACGUGAGUUAGUAGAUGCUCCAAAUACAGUAAAACUGAAAAAUAUAGCGUAGCGAAAUAGCGAAGUAGUUCGCUACAUUUUUUAAGCAGUAGCUGUACUCAGUAGCGAACUACCUUUGUUCAAAAGUAGCAGUAGUUGUAGCUGACUACAUAUUUUUUAAGUAGCUGUAGUUAUAGCGAACUACAAAAAUUUUGUAGUCAACCCACCCUUGUAAAAAAGUUGUUAUUCCUCCUGAUUGCAAACAAAUAUCAAACAGUGUCAAGAAAAUUCAAGAUCAUAAUUCAUAAUUAAUUAAUUAAUUUUCGUUCGUGUGUAUAAAAUUGUGUACAUUUCUGCUAGUCACUUAUUGCUUGUUAUUUAUUUGUAUAAUCUUUUAGACAAGAAGUGUUCAAGCAAUCCAUGUCAUGUCAAUGCCAACUGUACUGACACUGCAGGUUCUUUUGUUUGUCAAUGCAAUGCUGGGUUUUCAGGAAAUGGAUCUAAUUGUUCUAGUAAGUAAAUCUUGCAUUAUAUAUGUCUAAAAUUUUGUAUCUUUCUGCUAAUCAUUCUAUUGUUUGUUAUUUAUAAAAUCUUUUUAGACGUCAAUGAAUGUUUGACCAGCCCAUGCCAUCCCAAUGCCAGCUGUACUGAUACUGAAGGUUCUUUUGACUGUCAAUGCAAUGUUGGGUUUUCUGGAAAUGGAUUGAAUUGUUCUAGUAAGUAAAUCUUUUAUUCAUGUGUCCAUAAUUUUGUAACUUUCUGCUAAUUAAUAAUACACUUCUUUUUCUAGACAUCAACGAAUGUUUGAACAGCCCAUGCAAUCACAAUGCCAAUUGUACUGACACUCAAGGUUCUUAUGACUGCAAAUGUAAUGUUGGGUUUUCUGGAAAUGGAUUGAAUUGCUCUAGUAAGUAUAAAUCAUUUAUUCAUGUGUCUAUAGUUUUGUAACUUUCUGCUAAUUAAUACAUUUCUUUUUCUAGACGUCAAUGAAUGCUUGACCAGCCCAUGUCAUCACAAUGCCAGCUGCACUGAUACUGAAGGUUCUUUUGUUUGUCAAUGCAAUGUUGGGUUUUCUGGAAAUGGAUUGAAUUGUUCUAGUAAGUAAAUCUUUUAUUCAUGUGUCCAUAAUUUUGUAACUUUCUGCUAAUUAAUACACUUCUUUUUCUAGACAUCAACGAAUGCUUGACCAGCCCAUGCCAUCACAAUGCCAGCUGCACUGAUACUGAAGGUUCUUUUGUUUGUCAAUGCAAUGUUGGGUUUUCUGGAAAUGGAUUGAAUUGUUCUAGUAAGUAAAUCUUUUAUUCGUGUGUCUAAAAUUUUGUAACUUUCUGCUAAUUAAUACAUUUCGUUUUCUAGACGUCAAUGAAUGCUUGACCAGCCCAUGUCAUCACAAUGCCAAUUGUACUGACACUCAAGGAUCUUAUGACUGUAAAUGUAAUGUUGGGUUUUCUGGAAAUGGAGUGACUUGUGCAAGUGAGUAUAUACAUAUGGUUUGGAGGAGUACACUAAGCAAAAACUGAUUUCACUUCACAAUUAUAUGGUUAUAUAUGAUUCUGUUGAUUGAGAUCAAUGUACCAGUGAAUAAUUAUCAUGAUUGGUAUAUUUUUCUUGUUUUCUAGACAUUGAUGAAUGUUUGAGCAAACCUUGCCAUGUCAAUGCCAGCUGUACUGACAGUGAAGGUUCUUAUGGCUGUCAAUGUAAUCCUGGGUUUUCUGGCAAUGGAAUUUCAAACUGUACAAGUAAGUGUCAAACAAUGUGCAAUCUGGCUUUUUAGUUUCCUUCCUUUGACAACUUUUUUUUCAUUUUCCUCUUUCAGAUAUUGACGAGUGUUUAAAUGUUUCAUGUCAUGUGAAUGCAGACUGUUUGGAUACUCCUGGAUCAUACAUUUGUCGUUGUAAAACUGGAUUCAAUGGGAAUGGAACUUUCUGUGAAAGUAAGCAACCACAUACAUGUGAAAGUAGGACAACCUUUCUAAGUUUUAUACUCUCUUUAUCCUUCGUAUAUUUUUGACGUUUACUAUUUGCCAUUUUCUAGCAUUUCUUUGCCAUUAAUGUUUGACAAACCCAUAUCAUGUCACUUUUUUUCAUAGGCGAUCCAUCUGAGCAAGGCGGGAUGAACUUAACUAUGGUUAUUGGAAUCCCAAUCGCUCUGAUAUCACUUCUACUCAUCGCAAGAUUGAUAUAUUUGUAUCGUCGCAGAGUUAAUAAAAGAUGUUGCGUCUCUCAAAUAUGUUGCGUCUCUCGUUUAAUUCCCACACAACAUGGAGAGGACCAUGUGCUGGACAUGGAAGACAUAAGAAUUCUAACCGAGAGCCAACCAUUGUCACAACCACCACCAGCAACAGCAGAUGACCAACAAUACCACGGUCCAGAGAUUUCACCUGCUUUGGACAAAGAUAAUCAAGCUGAUCCUUCUCUUCUUUGUUAA